AUGCCUAUCCCUUCACUGCCACUCUUCGUGGCGGCGCAACAGAGUGCCAAAGAGGACCCAAAGAAGAUUGCAGUAAUUGAUGUGACAAAGAAGGAGUCGUUCACUUUCACACAACUCCUUGAAGAUGCGGCUGCCCUGAGGAAGCAUAUCAUUGAAACCCUAGGAUCGACGUCAUCGGGGGAUCUCAAUGAGCAGCGAGUGGCAUAUCUGUGUCCUGCUGGAUAUGACUACGUUGUCACAAGCUGGGCUAUCUGGGCUGCAGGGGGAGUGUGUGUACCACUAUGCACAUCCCACCCCGUCAAGGAGCUACUCUACACCAUUGGAGACUCCGAUCCCUCUCUAAUUAUCAUACAUCCCGCUUUCGAGAAAGUUGCACCAGCUCUUCGUGAAGCAGUGCCCACCGAAAUCCCAUUCAUCGGCCUCGACCCCUUCACGCGCAAUGAAAACCCCUCCCUCCCUUCUUUCUCUCCGUCAUUCCCACUCGACAGGAGAGCCUUGAUGAUCUACACAAGUGGCACCACUUCAAACCCCAAGGGCUGCGUGACGACACACGAGAAUAUUACAUUCCAAGCUAGCUGUCUCGUCAAGGCAUGGGAAUAUAGACCCUCCGACCACUUAAUCCACGUCCUUCCUCUUCACCACGUUCACGGUAUCAUCAACGGACUCACGGCCAGUCUUUUGAGUGGUGUUACAGUCGAAAUGCACCCCAAGUUUGACCCGAAAGUCAUUUGGGAACGCUGGCAGGACUGCGGCUCUUCAACCAUGUUCAUGGCAGUGCCAACCAUAUACUCACGCUUGAACGAUUACUUUGACUCCCACAUUCGCGGAACCGAGAGCGAGAGCUCCGCCCGAGCCGGUGCCAAAGCCUUGCGCCUAGUUGUCAGUGGAUCAGCUGCACUUCCAACCCCGAUCAAAGCCAAAUUCGCCGAAAUCACAGGCCAAGUCUUGCUAGAGCGCUACGGAAUGACGGAGAUUGGCAUGGGUAUAAGCUGUGGACUGGAAGUGGAGAAACGCAUCGAUGGCAGUGUUGGCUGGCCUUUGCCCGGUGUGGAAGUCCGUCUCACAGAAAAGGAGACUGGUCGAAUCAUCGAUGCGGUCGACGAGGAUGGAAUGAUUGAGAUCAAGGGGAAGAACGUCUUCCAUGAAUAUUGGAGGAGACCUGAAGCCACCGCCUCGGAGUUCACAGCAGAUGGAUGGUUCAAGACUGGUGAUUGCGCCAUCCGUGAUUCAACCGGGGCAUACUUUAUUCAAGGCCGCGCCAGCGUGGAUAUUAUCAAAUCUGGAGGUUACAAAAUUUCUGCCUUGCAGGUUGAGCGAGUCAUGCUGGCCUUGAACCAGAUUCAAGAAGUAGCUGUUGUUGGGUUGAAAGACAUUGAAUGGGGAGAACGAGUGGCCGCAGUGGUGAAAUUCCGCGAGGGCGCCGAAAUAGAGUUACCGGCUCUUCGUGCUGAGCUUAAGAAGGAGUUGGCGGCUUACAAAGUGCCUUCUGUUCUGAAACCCGUGGAUAAUAUAGAGCGUAAUGCUAUGGGGAAGGUAAACAAAAAGGUUCUGGUUCAAAAGUACUGGCCGGACAAAGCUUGA